AUGGUACCAACGUUCGCUGAAACGAUUGCAUCAUAUUGCCCCAGGUUCCCCUUCGUCCACGCUGCCUAUGUGCUGGGCUUAAAUGGGUCCCACUACAGCUUGGACACUGCCACAGACAGGCACUACGGCAUUCCUCUCCGCCUGCCAAGGUUGCUGUGCGAGCUCUUCCGCCUGGAAGUGCCCAACACCGAUUUCACGACGAUCCGCAUUCAGAAGUUUGCAUCCUCGGUGAACUUCAAUGGCACACACCGUACCCUCCCGGUGAAUCUGCACACGCCAUUCUUCCCGGAAGCAGAGGAUGGUGCUUCGAGUCCUGAGCCCCAUGUGGAGGAUGACCAAUGUAGCUCAGGCGUUCCAGCAUCAGCGCUCUGUCUGACGGAAGGCUGCAAAGGUGGCCGUGGCGAGCUUUGCGAGAACCUGGAAGGAGACCAGGGCCGUCGUUGGCGCCGCUUCGUGCAGCCGGCUGCUGGGUCGAGCGCGCCACGCUGGAUCCAGUUCCCGAUGGACACCUGGCUUCGAUGGUAUUGGCCAACUUCCGGUGAUUACUUCGUCAUCAUUGCCACCUGCGAACCUGCAGACUUCAUUCGUGGGCUGCGCACACGCCAGCGUCGCCAGAUGCUGAAGAUUGGAUUCCGGCUGCCGGAGCCGUGGAACAUCCUUGAAAAGGAGGACGGAGAAGACGACGAGGGUCACGAGAAGGCUCCGGAAGGCGAGCGCCGGAGCCCGCGCCGCUUGAGCAGUGCACGCGUGGUGGCUGCGAAGAGGCUUCUUGGCCUUCAAGGUGUGGCUGUCCCAACUCUUGAGGAGAUCGAGGAAGCCUACAACCGCGCGGUGAAGGCAACAACCGAGAAUGGGGCCGAACGAAGCGAGACGAGAGAGGGGAAUCGAUGCGGACGAUUUGGUUGGGAUGCUGCGCAGCUUUCCUGGGCGAGUCGGGUGCUGCAUGAUGCUCAACACGCUGCUCAGGAAGCCUCCGCGCAAGGGAUCGUUCCUCACUGGAUGGAGGAGCGCGUCUCUGAGGAGCCCAUCGCCAUCGCCUCGCGGUCACUUCUGCCUUUGCCAGCUCCCGGAGCCUGA